AUGAGAAUCAAGAAAUGUCCAAAAAUCUCAAAGUUUGUCCACAAUUUCAUCACUCCGACCUCAAUCAAACCGCUCGAGGACAGGACAUUCUUCAAGACAUUUUGGCGCUUCGUAACUUUAUUUGGACUUUUGCCGCGAAAGCUCACAAUAAGUCAAAAGCAUCGAGCAAUUUUGUUGUUCUUAACAUGCUGUGUUCCUACUGUUGUUCAACUGUUCGGAUCAGUCAUCAUGUCAACAGAUUCUGAAGAUAAGGUUCGUGGGAUACAGACAAUUCCUGUCCUUUUCCUGAUGAUCUUCGAUGCAUCAAAUUUUGUUAUAAAGUCAAGAAAAAUUGAGGAUUUUUGUGAGAAGUUCAAUGCAGUCAUGGAAAAGUACAACGAUGAGAAGUUUUGUAGCUCAAAGUUCCGGUCAACAAACCUUUACUUCAUCACAUCAGGACUAUUCCUACUCGGUUCUGUAACCAGCAAUAUGGUUGUAUUCAUAUUGACAGGAAAAAGUGGAAUUCCAACUGUAAAUAUUUAUGGAACUUACGGAUUGGUCUUAUUAAUGGCUACACAGCUUAUGUUCAUGCUCUAUACAGGUGCAAUCUAUUUGUUCCUUGAUGCCUUCAUGUGUUCCUUAUUGUUCCUACUUAGUGGAUAUUCGGAGCAUCUGCCGGGCCACUUCAAGUCAAUGAAAAUUGAAAACGUUCGAGAAAUUGUUGAAAUACACUUGGAGUUCAAGAACAUGGUCGCGUCUUACGAGGAAAUAUUUUCAACUGCUAUCAUGUUGCGUGGAUUGUUGAAUGUUUUUGCACUGUCGUCGAUUGUUUUGGAGAUUGUUGAUAAUGGCAUAUCCGGAAUGUCAUUCAACGUUCUCUUCUUCGGCUUCAACGGACUUUUCAAACUAUUCACACCUUGUUGCUAUGGAAGCUUUAUUGAGCAAGAAUCUGAAAAAAUGUUUAGAAAUCUCUUUAACUCAACCUGGCUAGACUCCAAGUUAAGUGACAAAAGGAAGCUUUUAGUGCUCCAGCAGAACUUUGAAAAGAACUUAAAAGUCAGAGCUAUGAAAAUUGUCGAAAUCAACUUGGAAACAUUUGUUAAAGUAAUUCAAUGGACAUAUUCAAUGUAUGCAGCACUUUGGGCACUCAAGAAUAAGCAAUAA